UCAUUCACUAAACAAACUUCAUUUGUCCAUUCUACAUAACAAAAAAAUAGGAACAUGGUUAAUUACUUUGAAAUAUUUCUCUAUAUCUCUAUGUUUGUUCUUGGUUACUUGUCUUAUUAUUUUUGUUUUGGCAAAAAUAACAAUUCAUCAUCCAAGAAAAAUGCUUAUAAACUUCCUCCUGGAUCAAUGGGAUGGCCUUAUAUUGGUGAAACUCUUCAACUUUACUCUCAAGACCCUAAUGCCUUCUUCAUUAAUAGGCAAAGAAGGUUUGGUGAAAUUUUUAAGACAAAAAUUCUAGGUUGUCCAUGUGUGAUGUUGGCAAGUCCAGAAGCUGCUAGAUUUGUACUAGUGAACCAAGCAAAUUUGUUUAAGCCAACUUAUCCUAAAAGUAAAGAGAAUUUAAUUGGUCAAUCUGCAAUUUUUUUUCAUCAAGGAGAUUAUCAUAAUCACCUUAGAAAACUUGUUCAAGCUCCUUUAAAUCCAGAAUCCAUUCGAAAUCAAAUCCCUUAUAUCGAAGAAUUAUCGAUUUCUGCAUUGAAUUCCUGGGUUGGAGGACAUGUUGUCAACACUUAUCAUGAGAUGAAAAAGUUUUCUUUUGAAGUAGGUAUACUUGCUAUAUUUGGACAUUUGGAUGGUCAUGUUAAGGAAGAAUUGAAGAAGAAUUAUAGCAUAGUUGAUAAAGGUUAUAAUUCAUUUCCAAUAAAUUUGCCAGGGACUCUUUACAGAAAAGCCCUUCAAGCAAGAAAGAAACUUGGGAAGAUUUUGAGUGAAAUAAUAAGAGAAAUGAAGGAGAAGAAGACACUAGAAAAAGGGUUGUUGAGUUGUUUCUUGAAUGCUAAAGAAGAAAAAGGAUUUUUGGUAUUAAAUGAAGAUCAAAUUGCUGAUAAUAUAAUUGGAGUUUUAUUUGCUGCACAAGAUACAACAGCAAGUGUUUUAACUUGGAUUAUAAAGUAUCUUCAUGAUAAUCCAAAGCUUCUUGAGUGUGUCAAGGCUGAACAGAAAGUUAUUUGGCAGUCAAAUGAACAAGAAAAUCAUGGGUUGACAUGGACACAAACAAGAAAGAUGCCUAUCACUAGCAGGGUUGUUUUGGAGACACUGAGAAUGGCUAGUAUCAUAUCUUUUGCAUUUAGAGAGGCUGUAGCUGAUGUGGAAUACAAAGGAUACCUAAUUCCAAAAGGAUGGAAGGUGAUGCCUUUGUUCAGAAAUAUUCAUCACAACCCAGAGUUCUUUCCUGAUCCACAAAAAUUUGAUCCUUCAAGAUUUGAGAAUGCGCCGAAACCCAAUACAUUUAUGCCAUUUGGCAGUGGUGUACAUGCUUGUCCAGGGAAUGAACUUGCCAAGCUGGAAAUUCUCAUUAUGACACAUCAUCUAGUCACUAAAUUCAGGUGGGAAGUGGUAGGAUCUGGUAGUGGCAUUCAAUAUGGACCAUUCCCAGUCCCAUUGGGUGGACUAGCUGCAAGAUUUUGGAAAACUACAUCAACCUAAUGGCUCUUUUGAUUUGCAUAUCUCAAUGAUUUCAUCAAUCUUAUCCAAAAUUGUUGCUUAUCAACCCCAAACCCCACCUCCCAAAAAACAUAUAAGGGGAUGAAAGAGAUCUCCAAAUUAGUACUUAUAUAUUUCAAGAAUUUUACUUAAUUUUGAGUACCUUUACAGCUAGCAACAUUUUGUAACAUUUCAAUUUUUUUUCAAGAAUUGGAAUACACAAAGUGUAAAAUUUGAUGACUC